AUGGCAUCUCAAGGAGUUCAGUUCAUUGGUAUUCUCACAGGCCUCUUGGGAUGGUUGGGAGCCAUCAUUGCUUGUGGCCUGCCUCAGUGGAAAGUAACUGUGUUCGUUGGCGGAAACAUUUUGACAGGGCAGACAGUCUGGGAGGGAAUUUGGAUGACUUGUGUGGUGCAGCCCACUGGACAGAUGCAGUGCAAGAUUUACAAAUCCAUGCUUGCACUCAGCACGGACCUGCAGGCUGCCAGAGCAAUGACCAUUGUCUCCAUUUUGGCUGGUAUCUUUGGAAUCAUGAUGUCGAUUGCUGGUGGGAAGUGCACCAACUACAUUAAGAAUUCACGUGCAAAGUCUGUGACAUGCAUUGUGGCUGGAGUGUUGUUUAUCAUCGCAGGUGUGCUUUGUUUGAUCCCUGUAUCCUGGACAGCCCACAAAGUCAUCACAGAUUUUUAUAAUCCCAUAGUGAUGGCUGCACAGCGGAGGGGAUUGGGGACUUCCUUCUUCAUAAUGGGGAGAGUUGCGAAGGAGAUAUCAGGCCAGACACUUUGCUUCAUUGGGCUUGUCGGCGUGUGCCUGACGUGUGGCAUACCCAUGUGGCGUACAACCACCUUCAUCGGUGCCAACAUCGUAACAGGCCAGAUUGUCUGGGACGGGCUGUGGCUGAGAUGUGUGAUGCAAAGUACAGGACAGAUGCAGUGCAAGGUCCAGUCGUCAGUCAUGGAUCUGCCGCAGGACCUGCAGGCCGCGCAAGCCCUUAUAAUCAUCUCCCUUUUGAUUGCUGCUAUUGGCCUACUCUUGACGUUUAUUGGUGGACAAUGCAGCAGCUGCUUGAAGAAUGAGGACAGUAUGGCCAAACUGGUCAUUUUUGGAGGUGUCCUGUGUAUUUUGGCUGCUGUUGUGUGCCUGAUUCCUGUCUGCUGGAGUGCGGCAUUCACAAUCACUGAUUACAACAGUGUUCUCGUCGCCGCAGUGCAGAAAAGGGAGAUAGGUGCUUGCAUAUACAUCGGCUGGGGCACUUCGUUCAUUCUUCUUGCCGGAGGGAUCAUUCUGUGUACCGCUUGUCCACCAAAUAAUAUGAAUCAGAAUAACCCCAACAUGUAUCCCUACCAAGGACCUUUCAUUAGACCACCAGGACAAUACAUGCCUCCAAAAACAUAUGUACCCAGCGUUACAUAUUCUGGAACAUACAUGCCAAGUAAAUCAUAUGGGGCUCCGAGAGCUUACUCAGCUGAUCCAAGGCAAUACAUGUAAGCAAACAAAUGUGGACAUUAAAUGGGACUUUAAAUCCUGACUUUAAAUCCUGAAAUCACUGCUUUUUUAUUUGUCUUGAAUGAUAUCUGUGUCUCCAAAAGUAUGUAUGAAUUUGAUUAAAAUGUGUACAAUUGUCAGUGUUCAAACUGUAAAAAGAAACUUUGUUUUCUUAUUAUGUUCAUUUCCAACCUGUGAUUAAGAAACUUAUGUAAUCCUGUUGAACAGCUUUUAUUUAUUUUUUAUGCUUAAGCUGCAGAUGUUUUAACAGUGUUUCCUGAAGAAUGAAUAAAUGGUUAAAUUUCUUUGAAUAUUGUUCAAAAACAUAUAAAUCUCAGGCUUUGGUGAUAGCGAACAUCUGCUGUAAUAAUGAUUAAAUAUCUCCUGUAUAAAUGUUGGCAAACUGGUUUAGCCAGAAAGCCAAGACUUUUCUCUUUAUAUGUUAAAGUGACUCCAAAGUAACCAAGCAGGUCAAAAAUGGUUGGUUUGUCGAUAGAAUUUUUUCACUAUUGUCUUUUUAUUGUCAUUAUACACUUCUCAUUGUUGAUAACCAAAAUAGAGGAUUGUAAUGGAGAAGUGUUCUCUUCCAGCCCUUUAGAAUUCCUUGUAAAUAAAAACAUUUAUCUUAUAA